CUGGGCUUAAGCGACUUGGCCUCAAUCUUACCCUUGAAGGGGGCAGGGGGGUCAAUAACGUAGCCAGCCAAACUCCUCACAGUAGAAGAGCUCAUUGAGCUGAUGGUCUGUGGAGAACUGCAGGGCCAGGUCCUCAGCCAGUUGAAUGGCUGUACCCACCCUCUGACACUCUGCUCCUCAAAGUGCCUAUGAAUCUGCUCCAGGAAGAUAUGCAGAUAGCGCAGCUGGGGCAAUACCUGGUCCAAAUAAGACUGCACUUGGCUUGCCUCCUGGAUCACCAUUUGGAAGGGCUGCAGGAGUGUGACCAGACUGUCUGCCAGGCUCCAGAACGUGGCUGAUAAAGCAGCACCAGCCUUCCCUAGUAUGAGGAAAAGUAUGAGGUACUUUUCCUCAUACUCCUGAAGGGGCUGCUGCUGCUGCUCCACCAGCCACUCCAGCAGGAGAUAGGGUGAGACCCAGUGGUGUGAGAGAUCCUCAAAGGGCUGGUGGGCCCCACUGGUGCUGGAGCUGUGCAAAGUGCAUCUGGGCCUCCACAGAGCCUUGGAAAUGACUGAAGACGGCCUUGGCCAUAUCCAAGAUGAUCUGUAUGCUAUGAUGGUGACAUAGAAAGUUCCUCACUAGAGAUUCAAGGCAGUGGGCAAAACAGGGGAUGUGGAUAUAGCCUUCGCCCUUGGCUGCUCACUCCAGGCUGGGGCAGCCACUUGACACCAGGAAAACAGUCUACAGGGAGCUGCGGCCCAGCCACAGGCCAGCCUGCUCCAGCACCUCUAGGUGCCUGUCCUCUGCAGCGUUCUCCAAGGGCAGGCCUCCAAUCCAGAGCACUGCUCGUUUCCUCGGGUUAUCUGAUGGCACUGCCUUGCUGCAUCACACACACACCCCACCCCCUCGGUGGGCAGUGAUAGCUAUGUAGUUCACAAGAGAACCCUGGGCCACUGUGGAGACAGUAAGGUGCAUGCAACCUCCCUCAGCCCACUGCAUCUCCUGGAGCACCUGCUCACCCACAGCCUCAUGCAGCGUAGGCAGGGCUUUUUCAGAGAAAAAGGCUGGAGAGGGCAGACGGUAGGUAGCAGGGGUCAACCUGGGCCAUAAACCUCCUGAAGGGCUGGCACGAAACAAAGGAGAGCGGCAAUGCCAGGCUGCAGAGCAACUCUCCGUGGUUCCAGGCCUGUGUGCAGGGCUGACUGGGGGCACAGAUGGUGCCCUGGUUGUCCCAGAUUGCUGUUGGGGAAGCAAGCAGGGGAGGUGGGGCCAGGAACAGUGGCUCAAGCCUGUCCAGGGGUAAUUCCCCACCACUGCCUUCUGAGGGCCUGGCGUCUGGACGGUGUCUUAAAGCUGGGAGCCCCUCAUGGGCAAGGCUGUUGGGAUUGGUGGCUGAGCCCUUCCGUGUUCUCCACUCGCUUCACUCCCACCCUUGGCAGGCUGGAGUUGCCCUUCUUGCGCACUCCAGCCCUUGCUUACUUGCCAAGUGACGGACAAGACCCAAGGUUCAGGACCAUCCCUUAACUUUGCCCUGUUUGACAACAGCAUUACACAGAGUACAGACAACACAGCAGAUAUUCUUGCGGCCAGCUUCAAAGAACUGCCUCAAAUCUGUUGUGGCCUUCGGACCUGUGGUAAUGCAGAGGGCCCAGGGAAUGCAGGAAGGUAUCUAAGCCCUCAAUUUCUGUUUUUAUAGCUCUGACCUACUUUUUCAAGCAGAGGGCCUUCUGGAGGCUCGGCUGGGGCCCUGUCUUCUCCCUCAAGCCUGGAAGCGAAGGCUUCUUCUUCCACUUAUUGAUGUGGUGCACCCCUGUGGCCAGGCAGGGCAUGAGGAUGUCAGCUGACCUUGCCUCCUCAUUCUCACUGGACUGGUCACCACCAGCCUGUCAGGACUGGCCCUCUGUGGGGACUGGGGGAGGGCCUGGACCAGAGCUGCAGUAGAAGAGGCCCAGCUGGAGCUGACAGGGACAGCUGAUAGGGACCUUGGCUUCCUUCCCGCCUGCUCCCCUUCCUUUCUCCAUUCCCGUGACUUCUGCCCCGAUACCUUCUUCUCAGGCUGCACAGGGGGAUCCUGCCCAAGCACAGGUUUGAGGCUACCGACUCCAGGGUGCCCCUUCGGCUUGUUCUGCUCAGGACUAGCCCAGCACUUAGCACAGGAGGGACCUGUUGACCUCAAGCAGGGAACUGGAAAUAGGCCUCUUGGCACUAGCCCAGGAAAAUUAAAGGUGCUUCUUUUGGGGAAAAACACUUGACUGAACCCCAGUGGCACCCACAUCCCUGUGACAGCAUUGCCAGGACCCAGGUCAUCUGCUCUGACAUCGUUUCAUGGAGCCUCUGGGAGAGAAGCCGGGAGAAGCUGGUGGGCUACACAUCACACCCCAACUGCUGAAGUCUCGCACGGGUGAGUUCACCCUGGAGUCCAUCCUGCUGCUGAAGCUGCGUGGUUUGGGGCUGACAGACCUGGGCUGCCUGGGGGAGUGCCUGGGCCUUGAGUGGCUGGACCUCUCAGGCAAUGUGCUCACCCAGCUGGGCCCGUUGGCCUCCUUGCGCCAGCUGGCAGUGCUCAAUGUCUCUAACAAUCGGCUGACAGGGCUGGAGCCACUGGCCGCCUGUGAGAACCUGCAGAGUCUCAAUGCUGCAGGCAACCUGUUGGCCACUCCUGGCCAGCUGCAGUGUCUUGCUGGGCUGCGGUGCCUUGAGCACCUGCGGCUCCAGGACCCUUUGGCCCGGCUCAGCAACCCUCUCUGUGCCAGCCCUACCUACCGGUCUGUGGUCCGGGAGCUGCUGCCUGGCCUGAAGGUCAUCGAUGGUGAGCGUGUGACUGGGCGUGGCAGUGAGCUCUACCAGCUGUGCCGAGACCUGGACAGCUCCUUGCACCCCAGCCCUGGCCCCAUAGCCAUCGAGGCCCAGCCCUGGGUGGAGCCAGAGUACUGGGAGUCUUGGCCCACCCGGAGCAGCUCCAUCCUGGAGGAGGCCUGCCGGCAGUUCCAGAACACCCUGCAAGAGUGUCAGGACCUGGACCACCAAGCCAGUGACAGCCUUGCUCAGGCCCAACAGGCCCUCAGCCCUGCGGGCACUACCUCUUCUUUUGUCUUUUAAAUGUGCCCCAUGGCCUAACACAGCCUGACAGGUGGCUUUGUGGCCUGUGUCUCCCCUCCUUGCCUUUGAACUUGUCUUCAGGGUUCCCCCCCACCAGUCACUGACGCUGCAAACUGGGCUGUUCAUUCAUCUGUCUUGAGAGCAGCCCCAAACCCUCUAAGAACACAUCCAGUGGCCCUGUGUGGUAUAAGGGCCCACAGCCUGGCAAGUGUUGAGUACACAGCUGCUGCUGCUCCAGCCUAAGACUUAGUGGAGGAGUUACUUCCACUUGCGAGGCUACAGGUGAGAAGUGGGAUGGGCCAGCUUUCAGCCCAGCUGAACUGGGAAAGGAUGGGCAGGGCUGAGUAGCCUAGGACAUUCCUAGAAGCUAGAGCUCAUCCUACCUUCCAAAUUUCCCUGACCAGAUGACCCAUUCUGUGCUGUCCUGGAGCCUUCUUUGCCCCUGCUCACCCAGGCCUUUCUAUUAAACACCUCUGCUUCCA